CGAAGAAGAAAGAAUUGGUUAGAAGCCAAGCUCUCCUAAACGCCGUGGAGAACGAUAAAUGGGAUUUUCAAUUGCGAAAACCUGGAUUAAAAUGGGAACAAAACUACCUUCGGAUCACUGGCCUUUACGAUCGGCUCAAGAAAUAGUCGGUCAAAAACAAGCGACCUCACUAAUUCAUCGGAAUCUUGCUCUUUUGAGUGAUGAAUAUGGUUCUAGUACCUUCUAAUAUACGAAAAUCGCGAAAGAGGCGCCGUGCGACCACAGCAACAGGUCAUGGGCCAUCGCCCAUGACUACACAAAAGAAUAGCAUGAAGAAAGCACUGGUAAUGCUCGGCGAGACUCUCGUAUAUGAGAAAGUUUCGAAUACCUCGCCCAUUGAUCACCACCAAGACCCCAAAGAUCUGGGUGUCGAUGAGUCCAGUGACGAGGACUCAUCAUAUUCCGAGGACGAAGACAAGCAGGACCAAAGAGGCGCCGCCUUGAAUCCUCGGGCUGCAUACUGGGGACAAGCGUAUGCGAAAUUGAUGAAGAGUGAACUUUCUUCCAUAAGUAACAAUGAAGAUAUGACGCUGAAUAUCCGGCUCGGCGAGUCCAAUAAGCCAGUCAAAGCCCGCAAUGACGGGGGCGUGCGUCUUAUGACACACAGUAAAAAGACUCUUCGGAACAGAAUUGACAACAAGCCAAUUAUCUCUCUAGAGGAAAAGCGGCGCCACGCUAGUGGCUUGGUCCACGAGUCGGGCGAGAAGGAGACGCACAAUAACCGGCUGCUGGCCCAGGAGUUUUCCCGGCUUUUGGGCCAUACCAUGGUAGCCAGUAAGAACGUGUCGAAGGAAGGAACCUAA